ACAAUGAUUUAUGCUUUUACAUUAACUCGUAAACAAAAUGGCUGAACAUAGAUACUUGCCACGUCAAGUUUGAAUGCUGAUUUAAGUCAAAAAUUAAAAUAAGGUGAAAUGGAGGAUUUCAUAUAGUUGAGUUUGUGCUCAUAAUUAACUGACUGAAGCAUCUCAGGUUUCAUCAUCCUUGAGAACAACAACAAAAAAUGUUAACAAAGCCCUCUCGCAUCAUUGCUCUUUGCUCUGUGGCAAAUUUCAUUAACUCUGCUGAUCGUGUGAUCAUGCCCAUAGCCAUAGUCUCCAUGGCCCAGGAGUUUAAGUGGGAUCUGCAUCAACAGGGCUGGGUCCACAGUGCCUUUGCCAUUGGAUACAUGAGUAGUCAGGUGGUGGGUGGAAGUGCAUCUAAAAAAUAUGGUGGCAAAAAGAUAUUGAGUCUGGCUGUAAUCCUCUGGUCACUGUCCACAUUUCUUGUACCGUUGUUCGCUCAUUCCCUGCACAUGCUCAUUCUUUCCAGAGUUUUACUUGGAUUAGGAGAAGGAUUAGGCCUUCCCACAAUCUUUCACAUUUUUUCUCAUGCCAUUCCAAGUGAAGAAAGAUCAAGAGCUUUUGGAUAUCUUGUUGCUCUUGGAUCUAUUGGCCAGACAGUGGCUUCAUUGGUGUGCCCUCACCUUCAUUGGGCCUGGAUGUUUUAUUUGUUUGGGCUGAUUGGAUUUGUUUGGUUUGGCAUUUGGUACACAGUGUACACUGAGUCUAGGGGCAGUUUAGAGGAGGAUUUUGUUGACCCUCCAAAGGUUAGCAAUUCUAAUGUCCGCUGGAUGGACUUCAUAACACAUUGGCCAUUGUGGUCCAUCUACAUUGCUCAUUUCAGUAUGAACUGGUCCAACUAUAUCAUCAUGCAGUGGCUCCCUACCUACUUGUCAUCCACAUUAGGGGCCAAUCAGUCGCACAUGAUGUCCACUGCUGUGCCUUACGUCAUGAAUUCCUUAGUUAGUGUCGUGGCUGCACAUUUUGCGGAUGCAUUGAUAGCACAUAAGUGGACAGUCUUAUCAGUACGACGCCUUAUGACAUCAGUUGGGCUUUUAGGGCCAGGUCUUUUCAUAUUAUUCUUUAGUGCUGUAUACAACUUGCCGCUAGCUGUUAUAUUUGUUUCAAUUUCUUUGGGGCUAAGUGCAUGCAACUCAUCAGGUCAUCUCAGCAACCAUGCAGAAGUUGCUCCGAAUCAUGCUGGAAUCACUUUUGCCAUAUCAAAUACCCUUGCAACUAUUCCUGGAAUAUUGUGUGGUCCACUGACAGCAGAGCUUGUUACUCAAUCCCAUGGCAGGUGGCUUCCAGUAUUUCUGAUCGCAGCCAUGGUGAACUUUGUCGGUGCUAUUAUCUACCUGAGUCAGAGCGCCGCCAGCCAAGUUUUGUGAUAUUUCUGUUGGUUUUCUUCUUGUCUUGAGGUCACGUUUUAUGUCAAGUCAGUCAGGGCUUCAGCAGCAAACAAAAGCAAAACGAAAACCCCUCCAAGUCCACUGUGAUGAGAGAUGCGGGACUAACCUUUUGACAUUGUUUUUGUCCACAUGUUAACUUCAAGUCAUAGUCUAUAUCCUUAAAGUGAAGUAUUGAAUAAUGUGAUCAAAAUGAAUGUCUGUUUAGCUUUAUUUGGUGCAGAUCAUUGCAUCUACUAGUGAUUGAAUCAAAUUAAGUCUUCAGUCAAUCAAUCCAGUACUGUGCUACCUCUCUUAAGUUUUAGACCAUUGAUCUCACAUAUAGUUUAAGAAUAUUUUUUUUUUUCUUUACGGAAACGUGCAUAACUUUUUAUUCACAGUAUCCCUAAUUGGUUUACAGCAUUAAAAAAAAGAGGAAGGUGAUUUCACACACUUUACAAUGGACAGGUAGUUAGUUACAUGCUUUUCUUGCUUUGCGUAGGAGCAUUCUUUGGAGUUCUCUUCUAAGCAAAACUUUUAUUCUGCCCCCCCAUGUGAUUGCCCCUCUUGUAAUGCUAUCAUACCUUUCAAUUGGUGGCACUAUCAGUCUAUUGUAGCUUAAAAAAAAAAUUUGAUUGGUGGACUACUGGGAGAUAAGAAACCAGCAGCACAGAGUUUAGAAAAAAAAGCUGAUUGAGAAUGUAUAGAUUUGUAUUAGCUUUAAAUAUUGACAUUGUAUAUGUGCAAAAAAAACUAAAUGAAGUGAUUUUUUUUUUUUAAUGGAAAGUUUUGAUCAAGGUGUGAAGAAAUAAUAGUACAAGUGAAGAAAUAGUAAGGGCCAAGUGGGAAGCGUGGUGGAGAGGUUAAGUACGCUUGAACUUGGCUUGGCUUGGCUACCUAUGAAGGGGGCUCGAGGUUCGACACCCAGCUCGGGCAGAGUUGUGUUUACUGAGCGCCUAAAGGCAGCACGGAAAACCUUCUCCUAGAUACCCCCUCCCCCCACUGGUCCACAAAUGAGAUUGGACCAAAAGCGCUCUGAGCAUGCUAUAAGCAUGAAAGUAGCGUUAAAUAAAAGCUAUAAUAAAGUAAGGACAGUUUGUGUGAAAAAAGAGAAAUGAAAGCAAUGUUAAAGAGUUCAAUUGAAUUUGGUGAAUGCUUAUGGAUUACCUAAAAUACUAUAUUUUUAUUAAUGGCUAGUUAACUAAAUGUCCAGUUUGCUUGACCCUGUAUGGUUUGUAUGUUAGCAUACAGUGUAUGUAAGCCAGUGUAUGAAGAAUGAAAACUUCCAGCAGUGCAUUCAAGCAGUAAAUGGUUAACAAUAAUCUUAUUAUUCAGUAUGAUCAUUCAGUUGUUAUUAUAGGGAGGAACAGGGCAGAAAGAAAAGUGUUUUAAUAUCUUUUGAGUUGAAAGAAUUGCUCCAGGAAUGUUGUUGUUUUUUUUUGUUUUUUUUUAAAGAAAAAAAAAAACUAGUUUAUUUUUUUUACUUUUAUUUAUUUGAAUGUGAAGCAUAUUUUUUUGUUUCUCUUGUUAUAAAACAUAACAAAAAAAAAAAAGACUUUUCAAGAGAAAGUUAUUAUUAUAAAGUAAUCAUUACAUAGUCCAAUAUUUAUUUCAACUAGUGUACACUUUCUUAUUUGUAUUAUUGAAAUUAUAAAAUUACUACGUGUCCAAACUGAAUCUAAGUUAAGUGAUACUCAUUUAUCAAAGUAAUCAAGGUUUUUUUUUGGUUCGGUCAAAGAAACAUGUGCUCUAAAAAUAUGUAUCAACACACUUUGUGCUUUCAAGGGCAAUAGCUCAACUAUGUUUUGCUGCCAUUGUUUUGUUGGCUCUAAAUAAUCUGCAUUCACCAAUGUUGAUCUCCAUGGCUCAAUUUUUUUUUUAUGCAGGCUAAUGUGUUAGACCACGCUGCAUUAAAGAUUGCAAACAUGACUUUAUUACUAAUGCUUAAAACUAGGAAAAUCCGUAAACAUGUAAAAGAAACUUUAGUGGCUUGAUGGAGGGUUGACCAAAUCUUCCUGAAUACAUGAAUACAACUCGGGAUGUCGUCAUUCUUGAUUUAUUCAAACAUAUUUUUUUUUAGAGUGUCAUUUUGCAUGUGGCUAGUUUCUCACAGGAUGGCUGCCUGGUCGUGCGGUGGGUGCGCUGGAUUGUCAUUGAGUCGUCUUGAUGGUCCCAGCUCAUAACAUUAUCAUUCUGCAUGAAGUUUGGGCUUGGAUGUAGAUUAUCUUCAACUCUGGAGGAACAUCAGAAAAUUGGGAAACAUUUUUUUUUUAAUUUAAUUAUAUUUACAUCAUAUCUAGUGGCUGAUUUGCAAAGUCAGUAGGUAGAAAAAAAUAUUUAAGUAGGAAUAGUUAUUUCUGAUGUUAAACUGGGUCAUUGAUUGGAUAAGCAACAUUUCAGAAUGUAUGAUUCGUAAUUAAAAAAAGCACAAACCAAGUAGCUAGAACAUAGUAAACAUGAUCAUGUAUCAUAGAAUGUCAAUGUUAUUGGUUUGUAAACACUAUUUGACAUUUAAUAACAUCUAUUAGGUACAAGUUCAUCGGUAUUGGAGAUUUUCACUAUAAACUUAACCAUGUCAAGGACGCUAAAUUGAAUGUCCCAGUUGCCAACGAAAUCAAAAAGGAUUUUAAGAAUAUCUCGAUGCAGGGAAGUUGAUCUUCAUAUCAAAUCCCCUUGAUUACCUCUACUUAGUUGUCCAUUUUGUUUUUAAACAAAUUUUUAAAUCCUAGAGUGAAAGUCUAAUGGUUCCUCCAUACUGAAUUUUGUGCUGUAAUCGGAAGUGCUUAGAACAUUGGAUUCUGCAGCGCCAAAAGGUGCACACAAAAUAUAUUCUUAAAAAAAAAACCCAGCUUAUCCACAUUUCCUUUAGUUUGUACACCAGAGACACCAAAAAGCUGGGUAUUUAUAUAUUUUUUUCUGCCAUGCUUGAUAAUCUCCAUUAUUUCACAGCAUAUUUUUUAAAGUGAUAUUUAAUAAUUAAACAUAGCCAAUGACUGUACAAUCUUUAUAUUUUUAUGUACAAAAAUGAGAUAGUGUUAUUUGGAAAAGUCAAAGUGUGACUAAAGUGUACUAGUUCACAAUAAUGUAAGCUACACAUUUUUAAACAUUUUAAUUAAUAUUCACUAUAUACGCUAUCUUUAUUUAGAGAAAUAGCAUGGUAUUAAAAAAUAAUGAAUAGUAAUAUUUCUAGUCUUUGUGGGUUAAGCAUACUUUUUUUUUGUUUCGUGUUAAUUUAUACAUCUCUUAGAGUCAUCCAAGUUUUUUUUAAUGAGUUACUUUAUUAUUUCUAUCUCGGGUUAUGUCCUGAUUUUGUGUUUUCUUUGUAGUACUUAUAGUCAAUUCAAUCAAUUUUCUUAUCCAAUUAUUUGUAAGAAACUUGGCAGUAAAUUUGUAUUUAAAGGGUAACCAAGUGGCAUUUUGUUUCAUUAACAUAUGCUUAUGUUACUUAGGGCUGCCUGGUUGUGUGGUAUAUGCUCCUGUCCUCUUGAUGGUCCAGGGUUCAAACACUGCUUGCUCUCCUGAUGUCUUUGGGGGGGGGGGGGGGGAGGGGGUUGGGCUAGGAUGUAAUAAUCUUACAUUCUGAAGGAACACCCAAUGCAAGGCAUUGUUCUCAGACCACAAGGAGAAAUGAUUUAGCUGGUGUUUUCAAUGUCGACUGAUUGCUGAAACAUUAAAUAUGUUUUUUUUUUUUUUUUUAAAGACUAUUUCAUUGGGAAUAUUUUACAGGUAAACCACAAGACAGGCACAGAAUGGGUUGUGUGAAUUUUGGUUCAACUGUGCCUCGGCUCCUGAGCAAACUUUUUCAUUUGCCCUCUAAAAAAUGAAGUGAAAUCAAUUCCCUUUAAAUAGUGCUUUUAUGAUAAAAAAUUGAGAAUCCAUUUUCUAUUAUGCAUUACAAGAUAAUGCAAGCACAUGUCUACAAAUUAUAAGCCAAGAAGGAAUUCUAGUAUCCAUUGCUUUGAAUGUUGGUGCAAAAACAAGAAAUGUAGGGCUAUUUUUAGACAUAGCAUGUAAUGAAGAUACUGAUCCUUUUUUUUUCUCCAUUUAGUUCCUCUGCCUGAUUUAUAGUGAAAUAAUUUUGUCUUCAGAGGCUGUUCUUUUUAAAAAUGUUUUUUUUAAUUUUUUUUUUUAAAAAGAUGACAUUGACAUAUUGGAUAAAUGUGAAUUUGUAUAUGUAUAGAUGCCAAUGAUGCAACCUUUUGACUUGAGGCUGUAUACCACUGUAUAUAUGCAAGUCAACUCAUGAAAUGAACAAAUCUGUACUAUUUAUUGACUAUUUAUCCAUACAUUAUUCAUGACUGGUGUUCAAAAACCAAGACUGUUAGUUGUUAUAUUUUAUGCAUUUUUGAAAACUUGAGAAAAAAACAAAGAAAUAUAUUUAUAUAUAUAUAUUUAUAUAUAUAUGCUUAUGGCACGGAUAUAUUCUUUGGUUACAUUGAGUGAGUGCCUUGGUUAAAUAGAAUUGAUGACUUUCAGCAUCAAAUUAUUAGCAUACUUGCAUGAUGUGAAAAGGUGACAAUCGUUUCAUUCAACAGUUCAAAGUUUUUGUAACGCAGGUCAUGUCAUUAAGCCUGUAUGGAUUAUGCAUGCAUGUAUUUUUUUAUGCAAUGAGAAUUAACUAUGUUUCCAACAAAUUUUCUCCCCCUUUCGAUUCUUGUGUUUAGUGUCUAUGAUAAUGAACUUGAUGUGGAUUCAUGUUUUAUACAUGUUUGUAUGAUUUUUCAAUAUGUCAUAUGUACACUUUAAAUAGGAGAGGCUUAUGGUUUACAUACAUAGCAUAUAAACAACAGACAUGUAUACAAUCUUAUCUUCAUUCCCCUUUCCAUUUCAUAUAGAAAAUCAUUUUGUGUAAUAGGCUUUAACUAAUGUGAAGACAUUAGAGGAGCUGUGGCUGAGUGACAAAGUCAUUGGCUUCCCGAUCCUGGGUUCGACUCUGCCCUAUAGAGCAUUAGGUCUGGAAGGGAAACUUUUAAUAAGGAGACAUUGUGGCCAUGUGGUAUAACAAUCUGGCAUCUGAUCUAUAUAGUAUUGAGUUCAGAUCUCAUUAAAGGCUGGUAUUGUUCAAGAAAGUGGUUGGUCUUUGUGCUGACCACAUGACACCAUUGUUAACCUUGGCCUUCAAAAAAGAAAAGAUGACCUUUACAUCAUCUGUUCCACCCAUCACUGAGUCUCCAAGGGAAACUUAAUAAAUUUUUUAAUGAACUGAAUACAUUCAUCUCAUGCUGUACAAAUGGUAUUUAAAUAGAAAUAUCACUGUUGUUUUUUGUUUUUUUUUGUAUCAAAAUGGUGAAAAAUAUCAGAAAACCUAUUUCACUUUUUUUGACUGCUAAUAAAAGUGGAUAGCAAUAUUCAUUGGCAGAUAAACACCUGUCAUAGCUGAUGUGCUAAUGGGCAGAAAGCAGGAGGGGGGCACGGGCCUCAUAUGGACCUCUAUACUACCCUGUGUUUGUGUAGUUCAGGGGCUAAGGUGUGUCUGCUCCAGAAAGCCUUUCAAUUUUUUUUUCCCCUAGUUUGUCACCAACCAGUGCCCUCCUGCACCUCUUCUGCACAUACCACAUACACACACCAUGGAGCCAGUAAAUACUUUGAUGAAUUUAUAUUUAUAUUAUGUACAUCUAGAAUGAUGGUUCUUCUGCUACUCGGUGGUAACAGUCUCUCGUGGACCAUGAAAAUGUGUGAAUGAGAACCAUGCUUCAGUUGAUUCUUUCCCCCAUGAUGAUGUUAUAUAUUUCAAUUCAACUUUUGGGAGAAAGUGACCACCCUCCUCCCCCCCCCCCCUCUGUUAUUUUAUUUUGUUUGUUCCAGUUGUCUUGUGAAACUUUGCCCUCCAUGAGUCAAACUCUAUAUAAAAUAAAAAAAACAAACUUUUUUUUUAUGUGUAAAUAGCUUGUGACCUUGAUGUACAUACAGCUCAUUGACAACAAAAUCAUGUGAAAUAAAGUGAAGCAUCCACUCAGUGGAGAUGUUCAGUAGUUA